UAAACGGAUAAUACAACAAUGGCUUGGUGGAGAAGAAGAUGGGUUGAGAUGAUGCCUUCAUCGUCAUCAUCAUCAUCGUCGUCAUCGUCAUCUGGAGUUUCAUCGCUCGUCGUCAUGUCGAUGACGAUCAUACUUACGUCUUUUCCUCCUUCUGUGACGUCACAGUCUAUGAAGGUCACGCUAGGCCCGCUGAUGGAAGAACGCCGUACCGGAACGUACGUUGGUAACAUCGCUAGCGUGACGUCAAUUGGCCGUGAGGUGACGCAAGCCGAGUUCAAAUACCUAAAAUUCGAAUUCCUCGAUCCGAACAACGCGGAAACUCACCUCUUUUCCAUAAACCGUCGGUCUGGGGCCUUAUACUCGCACACUAUGAUAGACCGCGAGACUGUAUGCGAGGGGAUGGAUGAGUGCAUCAUUUCUUUCGACGUCACCGUCACCUCUGACGUCACGGAUUUCUUCCGUCUCGUGGUGGUCAACAUCAACAUCACGGACAUCAAUGACAACAUGCCGACUUUCAAGCCGUCGGAGAUCACGUUGGAUAUCCCGGAGAACAAUGCCGUAGGCUUGACCAAGCCGCUGCCCACUGCCAUGGACAGGGACACGGGACAGAACUCUGUACAGCACUACACGCUGUUGGAGCCCUCGGGCCCGUUCAGGUAUUCUCUGAUAUUCAGUACCAAGGACCAGCGAGGAGGAGAGCUCUUUGCAGUGGAACAACUGACUGGAGAGAUAACGAUUAAGGCACCUUUAGAGUACGACGCCGGGUCUACAUUCUCCGCGGUGGUAGAGGCACGUGACCGCGGGGACAUUGCGCGUCUGACAGAGGCCCGCCUCAGCCUCUCUAUCGUCAACGUGGGGAACAACGCGCCGAGACUGUCCAUAACCUUACAGAAGACGGUGCGGGCCAACACGGUUCGAAUCUCCGAGGGAGCCCGGAACAAGACGUUUGUUGGGAAACUGACAGCCACUGACAACGACCCGGGAGACAGCGGAAAGGUCCAGUGCCACUCUGCACACCCAAACUUCCAGACGAACCGCAUCGGGCCGCACGAGUUUACGAUCAUAAUGAACGGAACGUUGGACAGGGAGCGCCAAGACACCAUUGACGUCACUCUCGUGUGCAGUGACGAGGGCGCUCCCAGGAAGACGUCUUCUUCUUCGUUUCGUGUCGUCGUUACGGACGUCAACGAUAACCCGCCGAGAUUCAGUCAGGAGACGUACGUGGUGAAUGUGACGGAGGAGAAUAUUGUGGGAAAACACAUACUGAAGGUAAUAGCGGAACAGGACAUCAACGACAACUACCCUGAGCUGACCACUACGGAGCUGCGUGUGCCAGAGGAGGGCGGGAAGAUGAUGCUCGUGGGUACUCUGGAGGGUACAGACAAGGACUCGGGCCGGAAUGCCAGGCUCAUCUUCUCAAUGCCGCCCACCUCAGACAUUACAGGACAGAUGUUUAAGGUGGACCCAGACGGUCGAGUGUUCGCUAUACAGAAUCUCGACCGAGAGUCCAGAAGCUUCUACUCCCUCAGCAUCGAACUCCGUGACGACGGAGUCGAACCCAAAGUCGUCUACGGCACAGUCAACGUCAUCGUGGAAGACGUCAACGACCACGCCCCUUCCUUCCACUUCCCCACCCCGAAAAACAAAACGGUUUCGUUCGUGUGGUCGCUCCCUACGUACGUACCCAUCACGAGACUCAACGCCACCGACGACGACGCGGGGGAGAACCAGACGAUUUCUUACUACAUCUUCUCCGGCGACAAAACGGACUUAUUCAGACUGGAGAAAGAUACGGGGAAUCUUUUCCUUCGGCGGAAGGUCAAGGCCACGGAUGAGCAGCUGCAGACGUUGAUGGUCGCAGCGCACGAUUGGGGCGUGGACCAGCAGGAGAGCCAGACGUUUAUCGACCUCGUCAUCGACAUCACAAACGCGACGUUCGCCGCGCACGAAGAAGAGAAGUGGGACGAUAAGUACGUUAUCAUCGGUGGCGUCGUCGGGGGUUUCACUUUCAUCUUUUCCGUGACGAUCAUCAUCAUUAUCGUUUUCCUCAUCCUGAGGGGGCUGAAAAGGCGAAACAACAGCCCUCCCCCAGCGAAGAAUAUGGAAUGGCAGGUCGUGAAAUCGGGGGUUCAGGAGGAAUGUGGGAAACAGGAAGUGUCGAAAGUGGCCAACUGGAGAGGCUCUGACGUAGACAUCGACAUGAAAGAGAGCCAGGAGGGUGCGUACAGCCCGGACUCUCAGCCUGAUGUCACUCGCACCGGAGGUGACAACACGUUCAAGAAAACGCUCGCCCAGAAUUCUCAGUGGGGUGACGGGGUGCUUCAGGGGCAGACCACUGUCAGCAUAGGUCUGGACCCCUAUCGGAAACAGGAUUUUUACACUUUCUGCAAGGUAAGCAGUUAUCUUUUUUAUGUUAAUAACCACAGCGU